AUGGUGCGAUUGUGGUUUAUUCUUCAACAAACUGUUGUGGUGGCGACACCGCUAACCUCGUCACACGAUGUUGGUGGCUGUGGUUCGCAGUCAGAGCCAGUCGAGGUUGCAGAGGCCGCCUUUGAAAUGUACCAACAUAUCUCUUCUUUGGAUCUACCGCAAAGUAUUGUCGUCGAUACGUACAUUCACGUGGUGGCAGCGUCCAAUGCCACUGAAGACGGAUACAUCUCGGUAGAGCUUCCACCCCUAGGAAACAAAGAGCACAAGAUGAAAGUGUUCAAUGACGACUUCACAGAAACCGGCUUCUCCUUUGUAGUCAAGAACAUCGACUGGACCAUCAACCCGAAAUGGGCCAGGCACGACACUGAGAUGGCGAUUAAUCGAGAAAUGGCCAAGAAGCUACGCAAAGGAACGUACAGUGCUCUCAAUCUAUACUACAUUUUAUCAUCCACCAGGUUUGGCGGUGUCUGCGCUUUCCCUGUAUCGCCAGUGCCCAACGACUACAGCUACGAUGGCUGCGUCCAAGUCUAUGGGACAACGCCCAACGUCAAUGACAGAUUCAUCGGACGCGUCACUUCGCAUGAAGUUGGGCACUGGUUCAUCCGUACCACACGUUCCAGGGAAACAGCUGCAACGGCGCGGGCGACUACGUGGACGAUACGCCCCAACAGAACAGUCCGAAUGAUGUAUACUAGUGUCCCACUGAUGAACCGGAUACUUGUCCUGUCGUUGCAAGACACAGCCGUUUACACUAGGCUAGAUUGA